UUUUGUUUGCAUGCGAACCAUGGGCGGUCCACCGAGGUUGACUACUUUAGGGGUAGGCCCGGCCCCCGGCGAGGUCAGAAAGCUGAAGAUAGACACAGAGAGAAGAAAAUUGGCCAGGUAGACAUUUCCAUACUGUAGACCAGCAGCAUUUUUGGAAAUCAAGACAAGCAAACACUCUACUGGAGCACAUAACUCCCUGUUGAGUGAGAUCAAAGAGAGAUAAGGUUUGGCAUUGGACGGCAAAACUUCACCUCCAAAACUUCCUUCUUGCCAUCCCAGCUCCGAGUACCUCCUUCACCAGCUGCUGCCUCCUCGACACUGUCUCCUACCCUGCCUGUUUAGGGAGCUGCCAUGGAUCGCUCGGCGCAGGAACUCUUCCUCAACUUCAUGAUCGUCUUAAUCACCGUUCUCUUGAUGUGGCUGCUGGUAAAAACAUAUCAGGACUAACAAUGUGGAGGCUAAGCAUUCCUCCCAUCCCCUGCCGAAGGAGAUGGGAGACAUUUGAUGGAAUCUGCAUGGUGUCUGCUACUAUUUUAGAUCAAAUUUCAGAUGUCGUGUUUUCAUCUGUGGAAACGCUGUGAUUUUGAUGCAGUUACCAUAUCAAAGAUAAACUAUUCUGCGAUUGUAAGAUGCCUUCAGAGUUUGUAAGAUACCUUUCUCAGGUAUGAAAACCCAAAAGGUGAUUAAACAAAGGGGAAGGUUAACAAAAAUCCAGAAACCAAACAGGCAUCUGGUGUUCUUCUUUUACAGUGUGCAAAUCACUGCAGUGUCUGUUUGCAAACAAUGUAAUGUCAUCAAUGACCAGAUGUCACUUUAUACACUCACACAUGCUUUUAUGUCUGAAUCUGUUUGCCAUUCAGUUUUAUUUUCAGUGAUUUGUGCGUCAGAUUACAAAAAGAAUCCAACUUGUAAAUUAUUGCUGACUUCUUGCAGAAUAAAUGAUCUAUUUGAUUGACUCCA